CAUAAAUUUCCCAUUAAUUAAUUAGACAAGAUAAAGAAAAAUGCUCCUUCCCAAUAAAAAAAUGGAGUAUUUAAAUCCCUUUUCCCAAUAAAAAAAUGGAAAAAGUAUGGCGGGGACAGAAGCCAACCUAAUACGACAACUUGUGAUAGCUCAUUAACAAUCUCCCACAAAACGACGUCGUAAGUGUAUUUUCCAAACACGGUAAUCGUUAUCAACUGCGCAUAAAAUCAGUCGGACCACAAGAGCUUCCAAGCACCACCUACCGGCGAACCACCGCCAAUGCUGCCGGCGAUCCGGCGGCGCCACAACCACUGAGCUCAACCACUCUCCCAUCAAGAAAAAAAAAAUGUCGGGCUCGAACCCCAGCAAGCAGGCACAGGCGCAGGCGCGUGAGCUGAAGCACCGCGUGCUCGCGUGCCUCCACAAGCUCGCCGACCGGGACACCCACGCCGCAGCCGCGUCGGAGCUCGAAUCCAUCUCCAUAACCCUCCCGGCAGACGCCUUUCCCUCUUUCCUCUCCUCCAUCUCCGCCACCGACUCGUCCGACAAGUCCCUCGUCCGCCGCCAGUGCGUCCGCCUCGUCGCCGUCCUCGCCGACCACCACGGAAACUCCCUCUCCCCACACCUCUCCCGGAUCCUCUCCGCCGUCGUCCGCCGCCUCCGCGACCCGGACUCCUCCGUCCGCUCCGCCUGUGUCGCCGCCUCACUCUCCCUCUCCUCGAACCUCACUUCAGCUCCCUUCGCCGCCGUCACCAAACCCUUCCUCGAAGCCCUCUUCAUCGAGCAGGACUCCGGCGCACAAAACGGCGCCGCAUUGUGCCUGGCGGCGGUGAUUGAAGGAUCGGUAAAUCCGGAUGUGGGGAGCUUGAGAAAAUUACUGCCGAGACUCGAGAAGCUCGCGAAAUGUGAGGGUUUCAAGGCUAAGCCGGCGAUUUUGGCGCUGAUCGGAAAGGUAAUUGGGGUCAAGGGAGUGUUGACCGGCAGCAGUAAGAAUAUGAUUAAGAAUUUGGUGAUGUGUUUGAUGGAGUUUCUGAGCAGUGAAGAUUGGGCUGCUAGAAAGGCGGCGGCCGAGGCAUUGAUGAAGAUGGCAGUGAUCGAGAAAGACGCGCUUUGGGAGCAUAAAGCUUCUUGCUUGAAGAGUUUUGAGGCCAAGAAAUUCGACAAGGUGAAAGCUGUGAGGGAGACCAUCAAUCAGUUGUUGGAAGUUUGGAAGGAGAUUCCGGAUUUACCCGAUGAGGUUUCACCACCACCUGAAUCUCAGCCAUCGUCUAAAGAAAAUGCUAGUGAUGGAUCAAAAAAUCCUCAAGGAGCUAAAACUAGCUCUUUUAACGACUCAACUAAAAGACCUUCACAAUUUGGCAGUGGCUCAACUGCUUUGAUAGCCAGGAGAGCAGGUAGUAAUGAAAGCAGAAAAAGUCCACCAAUGUUCCGAAAAUUAGACCACAAAAAGCCAUCCAACUUGAAACCCGAAAUAGUUGCUCCUGCCGAUUCUUCUUGCCCAGUGGUUUCAGAAUAUAAGACCCCUUUGGACGCGGACCAAAGAGUUUCAGAGAUCGAAGAGGAAAAAAAACCAUUUGUAAAGCCAGGGAUUAGACGAGCCCUGUUCAAUGAAAAGCACGAUUUGCCCAAGCUUGGUGAGGUGAGUGUUGUGGUUGGUAAUGAAACUGGAGACGAUUUUGAGGACCCGAGAGACUAUGAAGACCUGUCUUUGAUCCGUAAGCAGCUUUUGCAGAUUGAGAAUCAGCAAUCGAAUUUGUUGGAAAUUCUCCAGGGAUUUAUUGGGAGCUCACAGAAUGGUAUUCACUCUCUGGAAAAUCGUGUACACGGUAUAGAACUUGCCUUGGAUGAAAUUUCAUUCGACUUAGCUGUAUCCAACCGAGGAGUUUCAAACAGUGAUACCUUGUGCUGCAAGUUUCCCGUAACUGACUUUUUGAGCUCCAAGCUAUGGAGAAAACCCGAAGACUCUGCUGCUUCUCGAUUCUCUACUCGUGGGACCCCUUCACUGUCUGGAGCACGCAGCAUACCCGACCAGAACAAAGAAGCUGACGUGUCCCCAUUGCAAAACCCGAGAAUUCGUUUUCGUGGAGAUUGUGGGCUUGUAAUGAACCCGUUGGCUGAAAUUCCGAGAGGCAGCCAGGGGCUUCCGGAAGCUUCCUCAAGUGGAGUUGGAAAAAACAGAGCUGUUUGAAGUACAUGAUUUCAAUUACAGGCAGCCUCUGACCUGACCAAAUGGGAUAUUGUGUUUUCCAUGAGAUGUCAGAAUCUAUCUACUGUUUUACUAUCAUUUCCGAGUUCUAUGAUUUGUAUAUGCAUUUGUCUUAAGUAGCUAACUUGUUUCAAUUAUUUUAAUCCGGGUUAUGAAUGUUGUUUCAAAUGUGUGGCAGUUGGUAAAAAUUCUCAGAAACUCGUGCAGGCAUGGACAAUAACUGACCAUGAAAACAAGUAGCUGUUGAAUACUUGAAUUAAAUUCAGUUAACUAUUUUCCAC